AUGUAUGUGAAAUGGUUUGAUACAGUAAUGUAUUACUAUGUGAUUUUAGUGUAUUUAGUGAAUGUCACUUUUUGUCAUUUUCAAAUUUCCCGCCGUUCCCGACGCUCGCAGGGGACGGAACCCAGAAGACAGAUGCCAGCAUCUGCCGGAGAACAUUGCCGGAGACACUGCAGGAGGGACAUCGUGGGAGCGAAGGACAAGGUAAGAGAAGAACAGAUCCUGGAGCAGCGCCGCAUGGUAAGCCCGAGUGUAGCUCGGGGUUACUGCUUGUGCUACACUCGGGAAUACCGCCAGGGAGGCUAC